AAAUUUCCUGCUCUGUUUACAUGAGUCAGGCUUACCAUGUUAGGCAUGAUCCUCUCUACUCAUCAACCCCCACAGGGUAUCCUACUACGGAUCCAUAUCCUCCUCCACCAGCCAGACAAGGGUAUCAAGGAUACUUCCACGGAAUAGGAGGAGUAGGAGGCUUCCCUCCACCACCAUCUGCGGCACCACCGCCACCGCCUCCGCCUCUUCGGCCUUAUAACCAAUACCCGGAAAACUAUGGUAGUCGUUGUCCAUCUCUUCUCAGAACCUGUUUGGCUGCUCUUUGUUGCUGUUGCAUUUUGGAAGAAUGGUGCAUAUAGAUUAGACACAGUUGGAACCAAUGCAAGUGAAUAUUCAGACACAGAUUCUCAAAUAUUUAUAAUAUAAAUGAAAAAUAAUGUGAUAAGAAUUAUAUAUAUAUAUAUAUAUAUAUAUAUAUAAAGUAUGAGGAGCUAAUGGAAUAUUUGUAUAAUGGAGUUUUAUGGAAUAUUAAAGAUAUAACCAUUAGUGUUAUCUUUUUUCAUUAGUGUUAUCUUUUUCCAUUAACUGAAGUUUUUGGGAUGAAUAAUAUCAUGAUAUGGUAUUAGAAUGCUAGAUUCAAAAAGUUAAGAGUUCGAUAUUUAGCAACUCUAAAAUUAGUUUAAGCUUUUGGUACCCUAGCGGGGCUCAUAUAUAUAUAUAUAUAUAUAUCGGAUCAUAUUAAUA